UUAUUAAUUUAAUACAUUCCCUUUUGAAGUCGUUGUUCAUCUUUUUCCCGGUCGAUCAUUUACAUGUACAUUGCGAGUAUUGACAAUAAUAAUGGCUGCCAAGCACAGGAGUUGAACCCAGGCCCUCGAUGAAUGUUCCCGGAAACUUCCAUCUCAUGACAAUGAAGAAAGGCUAAAAAGGGAAGACAUACACUACAUUUGGAAAUGGAAUUUUCAUAGUGAAAAAACACAAGAUUUAAACUGGGGGAAGAACAAUUCCUUCAUGUACAUAGAGAAUUCUCAGGGAUAAAGCAGUAACAUUUUUUUAAGAAUAUUUAUGGACAUCCUAGUCCAAAAUACACAGCAUUCUGAUCACUAAGGAAAUCACUCAGUUAAAAGAAACGAGUACAACUAAACAAGUAACAACGGGUUAUGCCUUACUAACUCCUUCAGAUUAUCCACAGUUUUAUGUUGAAAUAGUUACAGGAAUACAUACAAGUUAUAUUUUAUCUACACAGACAUACCUUCCAUAUAUUAUUAUAUCUAUACACAUACUACAAUAUUUCAUAUAUACCCCAUAAUUAUACAAUAGGUCUCUGUUCGAUUUUCAUCGACAGAGAAAUUUAUGUUACUGUUAACAAUAGAAUAACCAGUUAAAUGUUACAGUUCCACUGAAGAAAUACCAAAGAAGGAAAAACCCCUUAAUAAAUCAGGUGCAUCACAUCAUACCAUGAAAGGAGAACUUUUUCAAAUAUAAGCAACCUACAUAUACCUUUUGUACAUAAAUAUAUAUUUUCAAUCCAGAAAUCAAAUUACGUGAACUAAGCAAGUGCAUAGUAGGUCUGCUUAAAACCUGGAAUGCAUAUAAGCUGUAUGCAGAAGUGUUAAUAAAAAUAUUAAGUAAAUGCAUUCGAUACUAAAGUUAAACUGAAAAGAAUGAGUCACAAUGAGGAGGGGAGUGAUAGAACAAAUUUGGAACGGACAAGUUUUCCUUUGUUUCGUCCAAAGAAGAGUAAAGUAUCAUCAAAGACUUCAAGAGAUAGUAGUGGAUUAUCUAACUGGGGAAAGAGAUCAAAUGAGGACUAUGCAACAAAUGUUGAACAGUUUGAUGAUAAUGCAGAGGAUAGCGGUCAAGAGGAGUUGACUGCAGGAGGAAUGAGGAGGUCUAGUAGUGGUAGUGAAGAUGGUGAUAGGAACUCUGAGAGCAACAAGGAUUUCUCUUCUGGUAUUGCAUCCACUGGUGAAAUGCCAGGUGGACUGAACCCAUACAUUAUGAAUCCACUCCUUGCAAUGGGUCUCCAGUUACCUCAGUUGGCUGUCCUGAUGCAGCAACAACAGCAACAACAGCAGCAUCAGCAACAACAACUUCAGAACCCAUCCAAUAUUAACCUUCCAUCAUCCUCCUCACUUUUAAAUCCAUUAAUGAUUCCCCACCUCCUGUCAUCCAGCCCAACCCCAGGUGUAAUGUUACCACUGGACCAACAGGGGCAUACACAAAAACACUGGUUGUAUGGAACUUCUGCUUCAGAGGUGGAAAAGCCAUUAAUGCUAGAUGAAAUGCAGAAGGGAACAAUCAUGGGUAGCACAGCCAGCAUGCGUAGUAUGCCUCGGGUAAUGAAAGGAUCUAAGGAGCCGCUUUCGUCACAGAGAGAGGAUUCUGGCACUUCAACAUCCGGCAAACAACCAUUUAUAUGUGAGAUAUGUAAUGAUUGGUUUUUUUCUCGUGAGAAAUUAGUCAUUCAUUUAGUGAUGAAUCAUUCAAUGCAGCAUUGCCAUUUUUGUUCUCAACUGUUUGAAUCGGAGAGUGUGCUAGUGGAACAUGAAAGGCAGUCACAUCUUCCACUGGAAUGUGACAUGUGUAAAUCAUCUGUUCCGACGUCACAAGACUUGGCUGAGCAUUAUGAGAGUGAACAUGAUGUUAGAACAUGCAUAUAUUGUGGUGUCCUUGUGAGACCUAAAUCAUAUUAUGAGGUCCAUGUACGUCGAAAACAUUUUGUUAGCUGUGGAGAUUCUCUGCAGCAAGACGUUGGGGAAAGAGUUCAGAUUGUUGAUAAAUGGAAUGGGCAGGAAGGAAACUCUAUCUGGACUUUCGUCUGUAAACUUUGUGGUAAAGAAAGAAAGAGGCUGGAAACUUUUGGUCAUUUCUUUUCCUAUCACCGUCUGUCGUUGGCCUGUCUUAUCCAGCUUCUUGCAUCAGAAGGAAUUGUUUUUUCGGUUCAGGGAACUCCAGCACCUGGAUCGUCAAAUGUACAAAACUCAACCCAGCAGCAAUCAUUGGAUUCUGUGGCCUCAGCAGCGGAUGUUACUUCCAAUGUAGAUGCCUCUCAAACCUCAGGGAUCUCUGCAGGCAGUGAAGAAUCACAUCAACUUAAAGAAAAUCGCCGUGGUUCGAAUUCACCUUCACUAACAACCCCAAGUCGUUGCACCGUGUGUACAAAUCCAUACUCUGUCCAAGUGCCAAAGCUCGCUCACGAUCUCUUCUGUCGCCAUAAUACUGGCCUGGCCCUUUGCAAGUUCUGUGACCGGACAUUUAAUAGUAAAACAUCACGGAACUCCCAUGUUGCAAGGGAACAUGGGAGUCUUCCAUGCCUUGUUGCAGAAUGUUUAACUGAUAUGGUGUUCACUCAGGAAUCUCAGCUUUCUGCUCAUUAUUUGACAGACCACAGUGUGCGUGUGUGUAGUUACUGCAGAGCACUUGUGUCAACUUGGGAAGCCAAGUUUGUGGCUCAUCUUAAGUUGGAACAUGCAUGUUCUAACUCGGGUCAUGCCAUUCGAAAUAUGGAUACCAAUCUCUCGGGGACCGAUCUCUUCCACAUUCAGACCUACAACACUUCUGUCUCUGUUAUAUGCUCACUUUGUGAUGCAGAUAUUACCUCACUGAUGAAAGACAUAAUCUCCUUUUUCAAACACCUUCAGCAUCAUAAAGUUACCCUGCGUUUGGCACUGAUACUAUUAGAAACACACCCCCCAUGUGAUAGCAUAGAGAGUCCCGUGGUUUUGAAGGAAAAGACCAAACAAAAUGAAGGUUCAGAGCAAAAUGUUGCAAAUCAGGACAUCAGCAAGGGUUCAAUGUGGGAUGCCAUUCCAGCUGCAUCGGAGCUAGCAGAUGUUAAUGUUAAAGGGAGUGAAACAAUAGCAUGCUUCAGCAGUAAGGAUGAAAGUCAGGGAAGUAGAGCAAGAAACAGCAAUCAGAAGUCAAAUUCUGCUAAAGAAAAGAAGGGUGAUGGUGUAGCAGAAGGGAAGAAAAAAACAGAUUCAUCUGCUAUAGAGAAUUCAAAGACAAAAAAUGGAAAUGCACUGGAAAAUAGUGGAGGGGACGGAAAAAAGACUGAUGGAGAUGCGACUGAUGAUGUCAACUUUGAUUCAUCGAGUGAAAUGAGCUCUGAAGAGGAGUACAUGGCAUCUGAGGUUGGUGAAAAUGAAGAUUUGACGGAAGAUGAUGAUGAUGAAGAAUAUACUGUCAAAGAAACAAAGGUAACAGAGAAGUCAAAGAAAAAUACUGCACUUCCAGUAACUGAGAUGGGCGAGGCUGAUAUUGACCCAACAGAGGUGGAAUGUAUCCUCACAGAUUCCAGCGAUGAUGAUGGGGACUGUGACAACUUUAAUGAUGAAGAUGAUCUUGUGGGUGUGGAAGCUGACAGUGAUGAACCAAGUACCAUAUUUUCAUCAAGCAAGAUAAAGGAAGAAUCCGAUAGCAAAGAAAUUAGAAGCAGCAGAGACCAAAGAGAUGGUAACUUGGAGAAUGUUGAUAUACUUGAACGGUCCAUGCAAGAGCUGUUUCGAGAUGAUACCUCACAGGAUGUGGAAUUGGAUAUAAACAAGACCAGUGGCAGAGUAAAGCAUGAACCUCAAGAGGAAAGUGGUAGCCAAAGUAAUGGGAAUAAAUCAGAAAGAAAAGGAAUAGAGUGUGAAAUUUGUCAUGGGAAAUUCUCGAUGAAGGAAGGUCCAAGGCAGUUGUUGGAUCACCUGAAUUCCCUUCAUGGUUUUGCAAUAUCUGCUUACUGUGCACCAAAAGAGUUUGUUUGCAGUAUGAGAGGAUGCCGAGAGGUUUUCAGCACUCAAGGAUCACUAAGUUACCAUUUAAGUGAGGUACAUCAGCAAGAACAGAAGAUCAUUGAUGCUGAAUCUUUUAAGAUCUUCCAGUGCCCAUACUGUGCUACCCAUUCUACAUCAAAGGUAGCCAUGCGCCAGCAUGUGUUUACCUACCACAGAGAAAAUUACCUAUCUGAGAAUCCUAUUGAAGACUUGGCUCACAGAUGUCGUUAUUGUGCUAGGCUGUUCUGGCGCACAGAGGAUCGUGACGAUCAUCAGGUUGAUGUUCACAAGGACAAGAUGGACAGCUUCUUCAAGUGUUACAUCUGUUCCCAUCUCUUCUCUAGCAAGGUAUGUUUGAAUCGUCAUGUGAAGCAGUCCCAUGUUGAUCGAACCAUCUUCAGAUCAGUGUCAUAUAAGUGCAAGAUGUGUCUUCUUACUUUCCCAAGUAUAGCGCUAAUGAGAGACCACUUCCGAGACUCACAUCCCACUGCCUUGGUUUUCCAUUGCCUGCAUUGCAACACCACGCUUAAGACCAAGAAGACUCUUAAAACACAUAUUAAGAAUGUGCACUCAGAAGCCCGCCGGCGAGACUGUACUCUUUGUGGGAAAGUAUUGUGGAGUAAACGCGCACAUGCCAUCCACUUUCGCAUGAAGCACAGUGCAGCAUCCAAAGUUGGCUUCCGCUGCCGCAUCUGUCAAAAGAGAUUUGACUCUAAGGAUGAGAGGAAGCUGCAUUAUCAAGUAGACCAUGAAGGGGAGAGUCCAUAUCAUUGUGCAGAAUGUGGGAAGGGAUUUGCUUCAAAGUCUGGAAUGUAUGGUCAUCGUCAACUACAUACAGGAUCAGGGGUGUCCAGGUGUCAGUAUUGUGGCAAGGAGUUCACGCGUAAGGACAGUUAUAAUGAACAUCUUUUGAUUCACAAUGGACCAAGACACAAAUGUCCACACUGUCCAAAGGAGUUUGUCCAGAGGUCCAACUUGGUCAGACACAUUCGCAUUCAUACUGGGGAGAAGCCAUACAAGUGCCUGUACUGUGAGAAGUGUUUCUCUGAUAAGGGAGCAUGCAACUCUCAUAUUCGUGUGCACACUCGUGAGGAGACAUGCAGCUGUCCAUACUGUGGGCAGACUUUCUCCAAGAAGCAGAAAUUGAAGUACCACAUUCGGAAACAUACAGGUGAAGGACUCAUCAACUGUGAGAUAUGCAGCAAGUCAUUCACAAACAGCUUUGCCCUAAAGGAGCAUCGUGUCAUCCAUAAUCGUCAGACACAGAUCCUCUGUCAACAGUGUGGCAAGGGCUUCAAUAGUGAGAAGUAUCUUCAGCGACAUGUUGCCAUUGUCCAUGAACCAUCUCACACUUUCACCUGCCCCAUAUGUGGAAAGGCAUUUUCACAGCAAGCUCGCCUGAAGGCACAUCUCAUGACUCAUACGGGCGUGAAACACAUCAAGUGCCUUCUGUGUGAAAAGGCGUACUCUGUUCGUAAAUCUCUGCGGCGUCACUUACUUGAGAAGCAUGAGAUCUCACCAGAUCAUCCACAAUACAAACAUUGCUUCUAUGCCAUGUCUGCUGCUGAGGCUGGCUUACACAUUCCAGAAGGAGUUCCUACUAAUAUUAGCGGAGAUCCAACUGAAGAUGAUGAUUCAACAAGUCAGUCCUCACCCAAGGAAGAAGAAGAGAAGCCCCAACAACCAGUAAAGAAGUCUCCAAAGAAAGGUGGGACACCUGGAAGAAGAGCAGGAUCCAUGAAGCAACCCUCCACAUCUGCAGCAUUUGAAGAUUACUCUAGCAUUCCGUCAGGGAAAAGUGAAGUUCAGAAAACUACCCGAACAAAGAAGUCACCUGCUUCAAAGAAAGCUUCAAAACAAAAUGAAGACAAGACUUUAGCAACUCCAAGUACAUCUGGAGAGGGUCGUCAUCGGAUAUUAAAGAAGAACAGACAGAAAACUUCACCUCGGAAGGUAACAAGGAAAGAAAGAGGAACAGAGGAAUUUGAGGAAGAUACAGCUUUAGCUGCUGUUGCGGGUGGUGAGGACAGUAAUUCCCUCAGCAGUACUCCAGAAGUAGUAACACCUCAGAGAGGAAGACCACCUCGUAAAAAAAGAGCAAAUAGUAAUGCUUCCAGAGUAAAGCAAACAAGAACACGAGGAUCCCCAGCACGUAAACAGUUUGAGAAUAAUAAGCCUGCAGAAUCACCUUCAAAAGCCAAAAAGUCUCCGUCUUUAACCAUCAAUGUGGGUACAACUCGGAAAAAACGAAGGGUCGAAGCCAUAGUAGAGACCUUACAGAAGUCUACAGGGUCUCCAAGUGGCUGUAGUCUGAAAGAAGAAGAAGUGGAAGGUGCUGAAUCAGAGGGCGGAAUUGCUGAAGGAGGAGAUGCUGCUAGCAUUGUUGGUGGCGGUGAUGACAAUGAUCAAGAUAUCUGUGCUGGUGAUGGCAGCAAUGAUGGAGAAGAAGAUAAUGGUAACAGCAGUAGUGGUGGAGGCUUUGAUGCGGUACCAACAUUAGCAAGAAUAACACCUUUGAUAACACGGAAUGUCCCUAAGAAAGGGGCACAGAUAAUUGGAGAUUCUGGACAAAAGAAGUAUAUACAAAAUUUGCAACAUUCACCAGCUCAAUCUUCAAAAUCUUCUCCAUUAGAAGAUGGUGAUGAUGAGUGUAGCUAGAAUUUACUUUCAGAAUUAUGUAAUGAAGAGUAAGUUAUCAAGAAACCAGAGUGGGUAAUGGGAUUUCUUUUUUCUUUAGUGAUAAACUGUAUUCUUGAAUUGUACAGAAUUCCAUACUAACAUUUGGGAUUGAUGUGUAUUUUCCCAUGGUUGAGAAGUCCAUGUGGUAACCAGUGGAUGAAAUUGACUCAUCUUUGUUAAUUGUUGCAAAUCUUGGCUUAAUUUCAGAAAAUGAUUUGGAAUUUGAAUGCAUAAAAAAAAAUUAACAGAUCUCUAGAUAUGAAAUUUAUAGGAUGCAUAAUAACUGGAUACCACAUGGAGAUUCUUCACAGUUAUGAAUGCUUGUGUAUUGGAUUGUAGCUGCAACUUUAGAAAAUAUGUUGCAAUGUAAGGAAAUGGAAACCACAAACAAGAAAGCUCAUCUGUAAUCCAAAGAAGGCCAGGAGUAAGAGCAUAAGUAUAUUUUAUCAGUGUAUAAAUAGACUUCAAUGUUAGAUGAAAAUGUAGUGGAAGCUUUCAAAAUUACAAAACAAAAAACAAAAAAAAAAAGGUAUUUUUGAAAAUCAGUUUCUUCAUAUAACAAACAUUAAAACUGAUUUUCUGUAUAGAAUCAUGAGGCAUUAUCAAGUAAUAUUACUAUUUACUAUCCAGUAAAGAGUCAGUCAAAUACAUAAGUUCAUACAGGUUAGGGUUGCCAAUAUUUUCUGGAUUUGGGUAAUAAAUUGAUAUGGACUAUAAUAAAUCUCAUUGUCUGGUGUUUCAUGAUGAUGUCAGCACUAUGUUAAUUUUCUAAAACAUAUUACCAUUAUUUGUUAUAUACUGCAAAGUGAGUAUUUGUUGAUGUUGCAUGCUAUUGUUUUACUAUUCUUAUUGUGGUUGUUGAAAUGAAAUAUGUUUGAGAGAACCAAAUUAGGUAAGUCAGUUGAAUUAUUUUUCUAACACGGUGAAUGGGCCGCAUUCUCUAGUUUAGCCAGUCCAUGUUGCAGAGAGUAAUGACAGUAGUCAAACAACCACAUUGUAUUUAUUAAUAAUGUAAGUAAAGUGUUUACAUUUUCACAUUAAUCUAAAAAGCCUAGUAAGAUAGCUUUAUUUUUGUCAGGCAUACAAGUCUAAGGUAAGUAAUCUGUUUCUGAAAUAUCUUUGAGGGUGCACCGUCAUCAGAUAGUGAAUGUAGAUUAUUGCAUCAUUAGAAAGUUACUAGAUUCUAUUUUCAACAUACAUGAUGGGAACCAAAAUAGCCAUAUGGAGAUGUCAGUGAACACAGGACUUUUCUUGUGGAAGGUUGCCUACUCAGGGUACCUUCAGAGAUGUUUUAGACCACUGUUUCUCAACCACUGGGCCCUCGUCUUGUAGGAAAAAGAAUCUACCCGGCCGCGGUUUGACAGGUUGAGAACCAAUGUUUUAGAAGUACUUCAACUUGGUAUGGUUUGUUUUCUGUAGGCCUGUAUUCUGCUAAAUAUUCCUUUCUUUCACACUUUACAUUAUGUUAGCAGAUACUUAUUUCUAAUGCCAAAAAUGCUUCUCAGAAAAUCUGUGUUACAAAAGGAAUAAGAGUGUAUUAUAAUCCAGAUACUGUUCAGUAUGGGUGCUGCUUGUUACCAGCAUUCAUCAGUAAACAGUGAAGACUUUUACAUUUUUCUCAGGUUAUUAGGAAUGACAGUAAACUCUUAUACAUACAGUUUCUAAGAUUUGCACAUAUAAAGGGUAAGGUACUUCGGUAUUUUUACUCUUCACAUAUUAAAUGUUGGCAACUCUAAUAGUGAAUUAUGAAAUGAAAUAAUACAAAUGAUUUUUUAUAAACUCAGGAUAAUCAUUUUUCACCCAGUUUUUGGUCAUAAAGAUUUGUGGACCAGAUUCAGAGACACACAUAAUUCUUGUAUUGUUAAGGUGCAAAUUUUGAGUGUAAUUUUAAUAUAUUUUGUAUUCUAAAUAAUGCUGUGUUUAAAAAAGAAAACGAGUAAUCCCCCUUUAUAUUGUAGAAUGCAAUUGUAAACGUUUAGUGCAAGGAGUAUAAGAACUGCAACAAAAUUCUUUUUGACAAGCCACACACAUAAUGUGUACUCAUUGAAUUUUGCCAUGAGUUAAAGAGCCCUAAAUUUUAAAUAUUAUAUAUAUGUUACGGGAUUCAUGGUUGUAUAGGAGAUCUGUGCAAGGUCACAACACUAAAAAAUUUGAUACCUUGCCAGUAUAUUGACUGGUGAGGUUAUUUAUUUUUGGCAUUCCUAGUGAUAAUGAGAGAUGAAAUAUUGGAAUGAAGGUCAAGUUACAUCUAAAGAAAGCUGCUACAGUGCAAAGUUGUUCAUUUGUGAAGUUCCAUAUAAAUUUAACAAAAAUAAAGUUGAAUUUAUAACAAAUCAAGUGUAACCAUAAGAAAAAUAUUGGAGAAUUUAGAAUGAAAUUUUGCCCAUUUAAGUUGAGCAUUCAAAUUUGUGGCACUCUGUAAAUCUGGUUGUAAGAUAUAUUGUGUGCUGCAGUGCAUUAGAAAGUACAAUGUCUUAUCUAUAAAUGUGUCUUUCUGUAUGCUGUAGUGUAGCAUGUAGCAUGGCUGAAUGAUUAUGAUAUCACAAGUUAAUUAAAAGGCAUGACAAAUGGUGUGACAAUUUAUCAUUACUGAGACUGCUGGCAUUUAAAGAAGUGCCUGUCUUGUCAUGACUGAUAAUUUUAUUCCUAUAUUUUGUUUCAUAAUUCUUUGAGUAUGCAUUUCUCAGUGGCACAUUCAGUAGUUGCAAUUUUAUUUCCUGAAUUUACAUUCCCUCAUGUCUUAUUUUAUACUUCAUAAGGCUUUUUUUUUGAAGUGCUACAAUUGUUGAACAGUGUACUAAAUCUGUGGCUGUUUUACUGUUUUGUGUUGUCAGGCACCUUAAAGAAAUCUGAUAAUUUACUGAAACAGAGUUUUGUCAUAUUUUGGUAAGUGGAAUAGAAGCAAAAAAUAGUUCCAGCAUCAUUUGAACAUAUAUUUCUCAUAACUGAAAUUUGAAGUAAACGUUUAAAGUUAUCCAGACAGUAUUCAUGAUGUUUAGAAUUUAAAAAUGUAUUUAAAUUUUAAAUAUUAACAUUUAAGCAUGAAUUACUCUAUAUAAAACUUUGAAUGACAAAAGAAGAUCAACAUUUUUUCUAAAUGUGUUUUUGUACAAUUUUUGCCACAUGGUUUCUAUGUAGCAUAACAUCUUCAUCUUGUCAUGUAGGUAUUUUAUAGAAUAAUAACUACUUUCAGUUGUUGCGUGGGUGUCGUCCGAUCAUCUUUGAAUCAAAUAUGAUAAAAAGUACAACAUAAUUUAAUUAGUUGUACGAGGUUUAAUUGUUUUGUAGGGAAUGGAACAUUUGUGUUCUGAAUUUUUUUAAAGAUAUUCGUAGUGAAUAAUAAUAAUAAUAAUAAUAUUAAUAUGCAGUAAAGUCAACCCAGUAAGUUUUGCUAUAAUAAAUUGAAUACCACAUUUGAUUGUAGAUAGUCAUAAUUAUCCAAGAGGGUCCAACAUGGCAGACAUAAUUUUCUGUACAUGUUGGGCCUUAAUGUACAGGCAAACAUAUGGUUGCUGCUCUUCUUGUUUCUUUAUAUUGGAUUAACCUAUUAAGGUAUUUAAUUUCUUGCAAGCAUAGCUUAGGGAAUUGACUGUACAUCAACACACACAUACACAUUCAUAUUCUGCAACCCAGUAUUCGUUUUCAAGCCGAAUACCAAUCGCAUUGUUAAGUUUGGUAAUAGCCUAUUCUAAACUAACAGCAAGGGUUUUUUUACAGUGCAGAAUCAUGCGACUGAUGUUUUUUUAAAAAGAUAUGUAUAACCGGGUAUAUUUUAUAAUAACGAUACAAUACAUAAAUACACUUUGUUACCAUAUGCUUACAGGAUUCUAACAUUCAACACCACUGUUGAAUAUUAAAAACAGGAAUGGUUUAGCAAGUCAUGGAUCAGUAAUUUUAUAACUGAGGACAACUGCCCGAAACUGUUACAAAGAUGUGCAGUAGCAUGAAAUUCUGUCAGAUAAUUUCCAGCUGGUGCUUGUGACGAAUUAAUUGUAUAGUAAUAGAGCACUGAUUGGAGGAAUUUGAGGGCAUUUCAAGUUUUCUUCCUUUUCUGUGAUGGCCAUUUUAUUGGCUUGUUGUGAUGUGAACAAAUGAAUGUCAUGUUAAGAUGUUCUUUCCCACUUCAUUAAGUGUGUAUGGUCCGUUAGUUAAGGGGUGUUUGGAAUUUCAGGUUACAGCCGGUUAUUUGAAAUCUUUCUAACUCCAAUUUGAAUAACUUCUUAUCUCGUCAUUAGUAAAACAUGUUAGUAUGGUGUCCAGGUACCUCAACCAGUGUUCAAGAGUAACGUACUUCGAAGAACAUUUUAAAUGUUCUAAAUGUAAUGAUGCCACUCACAGAAUCAUGUAUUCUUUAUUAAUCAUUCUUUUGCCAUAUUAGUUCUAUUCUGUUUUUUCUUCCCCAACCCCUAAAAAGAAGAAAAUUAUAUAAACAGCAGAUGUACAUUUUUGAUCAUAUUUGGAAGGUAACUCUUUAAUAACUUUGCAGUAGGAUGUAUCAAAAUUUCCAAUCCUGACACUUUUAUUUUCUCUCAUAUGCAUAAGUCCUGUGUUUUGAAAUUGUUCUUGAUAGGCACUGUAAUAAGGCCAGUUACAUCCAGAGGGUUAAGGAACAGGCAAUGAAUCUUUAUCAUCUGGGAACAGAGUGUCCCAGUACAGUGGUGCUAUCAGCCAGAUCUUAACUUGCGGUAAUGGUAUUUAUACUGAAAACAAUGCACCACUGUGCCUGCUCUACCCACACAUGCAUCAUCACAGAUGAUAAAGGUUAAGCCUAAUUCAGCAUAGUUUAUGAUGAAGAUGAAAAACUGUAAUAUAUACUUAAUAAUCAGCUAGUGAUGAUAUGUGAACUGUACAGACUUAUUUUGAACACUGAAUCAGAUAUAUUAAGAGUAAGUAUUAUGUGAAUAUUCUUGCAUUACUAAUAUUGAAGGUGAACUGCUGUAAACAUACUAUAGACACAGGAAAUAUUUAGACUGAUUGCCCAUAGCAUUUUGAUCCAAGGCUUGCCAGACCUAACUUCAGGAUAAACCAAUGUUUUCGUUGACAGUUGUAAAACACAUAUAGCAAUUAUACUGGGUCUACCUCAUUGCCAUACAAAUAUACCAAUAGUUUUUAAAUAUGAUCAUUGUUUUAUAUUAUUAAAUGUUAUUGUGUAUUUUAUUGUGUAAUAGCUGGUUGUGGCGUCAUGACGCAAUGCCAGUCUGCUACUGAUCAGGUGGUGUGUGAAUUUAUUUUCAGUACAGGAUGAGCAAAUGGGAAACAGGAAAGUAUAAAAAUUUAAAAAAUAAUGUUCAAGUACAAAAAUAAUUAGUAAAUUGUGCUUUUUUUCCUCCCCUUUUGAAAAAAAAAAAUUGAAAUGGCUGGAUUUUGUAACGUGUUCCAUGUAAUUUUAUGUGUUAUAUAUAUUUCUUACCUUUGAAAGUUGUCUACAGGUACAGAUUUAAUUCAUAAAUAUAGGUGCAUAAUUAGGAUUACUGUAUCAGAAUUAUGGGUCCUUUAUCAUAAUGGCAUGAAUUUUCUUCCAUUAUAAAAGGAAAGUUAAAGGGCCUUGUUUUUUAUGGUAGCAGUUUAAUGCUAUGCCUUGGCUUGUAAGAAGUUGAAAUUGAGACCUAGGCUUAAUUCUAAAAGAGAAAAGGGAAUGAUGUUCAUGAAAAUUAAUGCCACUUGAUACUGGUAUAAAAUUAUAAUUAUGGAAUGUAAUGUGUGAAAUUUGUAAGCCAUUUGGGUAAUAUUUAGAUUCUGAAAUGCAAAGUAAUAAGUCACCAAGGCAUAGAAUUAAAUUUGUACUUGAGAAUACAAAAUUUGAAUGAAAACUGCACCUCUCUUCAUCCACUCUGUGCUGUGUGGUUUAUCGCUAUAAUGAUGGCAACAAAGGAAUGGAAAUAAAAUUGAAGUGCCAGUAUCAAUGUAGGUAAUGUAAAAAUGUCAUCAUUGUUGUAAGUUUUUUAUGUAAUUUUUUUAGAAGACAAUGACAUUUUUACAGGUAACAUCUUUUUAAAAUAUGAGCAUUGAUAUUUCAUAUUGCGAACAUAAGUGUAGUCAUCAUGGAAGAAAUAAAUAUAUUUCAACCCAUA